AUGAGGCGCGAAAUUUCGAAGCUGGUCUCUAACGGGCGAUACCGAGAAGCCCUCUCGUUCUACGCCCGAAUCCACGCCGCUUCCAUCCAACCCGAUAGCUUUACCUUCCCCUUCCUCCUCAAAUCAUGUGGGAACCUCCAAUCGAUCCCACAAGCCCGACAGCUCCACGCCCACAUCAUAAGAUGCGGCUUCGAGACCCAUAUCUACACGGCCACCGCUCUUACAGGGGCCUAUAUGAAGCUACGGCUACUACAAGAUGCCCUCAAAAUGUUCGACAGAAUUCCCAACCCAACCCUCCCUUCUUUUAAUGCUAUCAUCUCUGGCUUCUCCCAAUGCGGGCAUUUCGAGGAAUCUCUGCGCGCCUUCAAACGCCUUAGGAUGGAAGGGUUCCGCCCGAAUUCUGUUACCAUUGCGAGUGUGCUGCCUGCCUGUGGAACGUCAGAGCAAGGAAAGCAGCUGCAUGGCCUUUCGAUAAAAAUGGGGCAUGAAUCGGAUGGCUAUGUUGCGACGGCGCUCCUGACCAUGUACUCAAAUUGUGCAGACUUAGGUCCGGCUCGAAGGGUCUUUGCACUGAUUGAUGAAAAGAAUAUAGUCAGCUACAAUGCAAUGAUUUCGGGAUUUCUACGCAAUGGGGCCUUUUCCAUGGCUUUGGAUUUGUUUAGGGAAGUCACAACUUUGCAUGGGCAACAGACCAAUUCGUCGACAUUGCUUUCUAUUCUCUCUGCGUGCUCAAAACUAUUGGCUUUGCUGCUUGGUAAACAGAUACACUGUUAUUACUUGAAAUAUGAAGUGGGCGACGAUGUCAAGAUAGAAACAGCUCUGCUUGACAUGUAUUGCAAAUGCGGGUCUGUGGAAUUGGCUGAUCGGGUAUUUUCAAAAAUCAAAGACAGGAAUUUGGUAACAUGGAACACGAUGAUUUCAGGGUUGCUCUCGAAUGGAUGCCCUGAAAUUGCCAUGAAGUUGUUCCACCGGUUAAGAUCAGAAGGUUUCAAACCUGAUAUGACUUCAUGGAAUGUGCUGAUUUAUGGGUUUUCACAACAGGGGAAUGUGGCUGAAGCUUUUAGGUUCUUCUCUCAGAUGCAAUUAGAGGGAGCUGCGCAUCCAAGUUUAGAUUCCAUAACAAGUCUUCUACAGGCUUGUUCAUCCAUUUCAGAUCUCCAACAUGGCAAAGAGAUCCACUGCCAUGUCAUUAGAACUCGAGCGGAUUAUGGAGAUGAGUAUUUCCAAACAGCCCUGAUAGAUUUGUACAUGAAAUGCGGACGUUCUCUUCAUGCUCGUAGGAUAUUUGGUGGCAAUGAAAGAAAAUCAGGCGAUCCAGCAUUAUGGAAUGCGAUAAUUUCUGGAUAUGGCAAGAAUGGAGAGAAUGGCUUAGCGCUUGAAAUUUUCAGAAUAAUGCGAGAGCAAAAGGUGGAGCCCAAUUCAGCUACUUUUCUAGUCCUACUUUCAGUUUGUAGUCAUACCGGUCAGGUUGAGAAAGGCUGGGAAUUAUUUAAGAUGAUGAGUAGAGAUUAUGGUAUUAAUCCAACUGCCAAACAUUUUGGUUGCAUGGUUGAUCUAUUGAGUCGAGCUGGGAAGCUUGCUGAAGCCUGGAAACUGAUACAAGAGAUUCCUGAGCCUUCAGCUUCUGUAUAUUCUUCUUUACUUGGUGCUUGUGGGUGUUAUUCUGAUGCUGCACUUGCUACAGUGAUGGCUGACAGGCUUUCUAAGUUGGAGCCUAAAAGUCCGACUCCUUUGGUGAUACUAUCCAAUAUAUAUGCUGGGCAGGGAAGAUGGAAUGAUGUGGGAAAACUAAGGAAGAUGAUGUUAGAUAGGGGACUCUACAAAGUUCCUGGUUGCAGUUGGAUUGGAGCACAGGAGUUGCAACUCACCUAG